AUGCGCAGCAGCAGCAUAAUAGCCUUUUCAGAAGGGGCUUUGAGCCGUUCUUCUUCCGUGGGUCCCUUCCCCCCCAAGUACACCACAUACGACAGCAGCAGCUACAGCAACAGCAGCAGCAGCAGCAGCAGCAGCAGCAGCAGCAGUUGCUGCAGCAAUGUAUGCAGGAGGAUAUGCAGCAGCAUCGACUGGCUGCUGACGGAGUGUCUAUGCCCCCCCUUUGACUUGUCUUUCCAGCAGCGGCUGCGGCAGCAGCAGCGGUUUCUGCUGCUGUUUUUUACUCUUAGUGCUGUUGCUGCUGCCUAUCCUUUUGUUUUUCUUUCGGUUAUAGAGGCCCACUAUCCAGACAUAAGACCUGUACAUCUCCCCAAGGCUCUAACAGCAGCAGCAGCAGCAGCAGCAGCAGCAGCAGCAGCAGAUACAGACGCAGAUACACCUGAUGCUACAACAACACCCGCAGCAACAGCAGCAGCAACACCUGCUGCAGCAGCAGCACCAGCAGCAAAUGAAGCAGCAGGCAGACACAAGUUCCUAACCAGGCAAGGCAUCAACGAUUCUACCGAUGCAGCAGCAGCAGCAGCAGCAGCAGCAGAGCAGCAGCAGCAGCAGCAGCAGCAGAUGCAGCAGCAGCAGCGGAAGAAGAGGAAUCAGAUGCAGCAGCAGACGGCGAAGCAUUGGCAGCAACUUCUGCUGCUGAUGAAGAACAAACAGCAGCAGCAGCAGCAGCAACAACAGACGAAGCAGCAGCAGCUGAAUCUCGCCCAGCAGCAGAUGCCUCAAGAGCAGCAGCAGAUACAGAUGCAGAUGCAGCAGCAGCAGCAGCAGCAGCAGCAGCAGCAGCAGCAGCAAGAGGCGCAUCAUCGAUGUCUUUAA